AUGGCAUCCACUGCUGCUUCCAACAACACACUGACUGCUGCUGAACAAGAGAAUCAGAAGAAGGUUGUUGAAAAGUUCCAAGUUCUUCGUGAGGAGCAGCAAAGUCUUGCCGGCGAAAUCACAAGAAUCGAGGAAGAGCGUAGGGAAUAUGGACGUGUGAUAGACCAACUUAAAACUUUGGAUGGAGCUCAACGUGCCUUCAAAAUGAUCGCUAACAGUUUAGUCGAGUAUAGUGUCGAGGAGGUGAUUCCAAGUCUCGAGCUCAACUAUGCAAACUUAACCAAGAUAUCGGAGGAUCUCAACCAAAAGCUGGUGCAGAAAGGAACGGAGUUGAAUGACCACAAGUCCAAGCAUAAUAUCCGUUUCUUGACUGAAGAAGAGACCACCAAGCUACGCGAGCUGAAGCUUCAACAAAUCCAACAAAUCAAAAAAGAAUAA